AUCUCAUUCCACACCAUCUCUUUUAUAACAAAAAUUGUAAGCCAAAACCCAAAAAAUUUGCAAAAAUGUCUCUAGUGACAGAUGAGAUCAGGGCCAGUGCCUCAGAAUUCUACACUGGAAAUGAUAUCUGCCAAGAAAAGUCCAAAUUCUUGCUAACAGAAAUGGGUUUACCAAAUGGCCUACUUCCCAUGCAAGACAUGUUAGAAUGUGGCUAUGUGAAGGAUACAGGAUUUGUUUGGCUCAAAUCCAAGAAAAAAACUGAGCAUAAGUUUGAGAAAAUUGGAAGGCAGGUUCAAUAUGGAGCUGAAGUGACAGCCAUUGUUGAACAAAACAAGAUCAAGAAACUUACUGGGGUUAAAGCUAAAGAGCUCCUUAUGUGGCUAACACUUACUGAAAUCUGUGUGGAUGAUCCACCAACUGGAAAAAUCCAUUUCAAGGCUACAUCUGGACUUUCUAGGACUUUUCCUGUGUCAGCUUUUGAGAUUGAUGUGCCUAAGAAAGAAGAAGUCAAAGAAGAAGUGAAUGAAGUUGUGAACAAGGAGAACAAAGAAGUGAUUGCUGCUGCAGUGGAAGUGAAAGAGGUGUAAGAAAAUUAUUGUUUGCUUGCACUAAUUAAUCCAAUUAUCUUUGCUUAUUGAUUAAGAAAGAAAGAAAGAAGUUUCAUUUUAUGAUGAGGGAAAGUUUUAUUUUGUUCAAAAAGUUGUUGUACUACUUAAGUUGAGGAUGAUGAUUAUCCAUCUUGAUGUACUCAAGUGGUUAAUUAUAGUUAAUUAUAUCCUCUCCUCGUUCAAUUUGGUGACAAUAAACUUAAAUCUUGAGUCUUGACCGUAUAUUCUUGAGAAGAUCAUGACAUCUUAUUCGAGAAUCUGUGGAACUAUGCUUAUUUUUCCACUAAUCGAAGUAUUUCAUUGAAUAA